UUAAAUAAAAUGGAGAGUACGGAAGACGAGUCGAAGAUAGAAGACACUAUUCAGCCCUUUCUUAAAGUCAAGAAAAUGCUUCCUAAGAAGACAAUAUUAAUCAACACAAAGAACUCAGGCUCAGCUGGAGUUCUCCUAGAAGAAGUUAUAGCAAGCAAUGACUGGAAGGAGACCAGAUCUGACUGCAAAGGCAAUAUAAUUUGGGCAGGAAAUGUACGUUAUGAGACUGUGCUCCCAAUCUUGACAACUAAGAAAAAGGUGGCUUACUCCAAGAUACCAGAAUUGAAGGUGAUCGCACAUAAGUCAGACCUAGCUAUUGUAAUGAAUUACAUGCAACAGUUCUACCCUGAUGAGUUUAAUUUUGUCCCUAGAACUUUUGUGUGCCCAAGAGAUGAAGAAACCGUAAGAAAGCUGAUGAGAAAGGAGAAGAACAAAACUUGGAUUUGUAAACCAUCUAAAGGAUCUCAAGGAAAUGGCCUUCAAUUGAUUAAUAAUAUCUGGGAAAUAUCAGAUUCGUUAUAAAAGAGGAAUUUAUCAUCCAGGACUAUAUAGAGAAGCCUCUUCUUGUUGAAAAGAAAAAGUUUGAUCUAAGAUUGUACAUAGUUCUGUAUGGAGUAGAGCCUAUGCAUGCCUAUCUCUGUGAAGAAGGCAUGACAAGAUUCUGAACAGUCGAUUAUAAGCCACCUAAUAAGGCAAAUAGGUUCAACGAAUUCAUGCACUUGAGCAACUACUCUAUAAACAAACAUAGCGAUCAAUUCAUUAGAGAUGAUGAAGGUGAGUCUUCAACGAAAAGGAAGUUAUCCAGCAUCUUCAACAGUAUCGAAAGAUCCUUCCCUGAAGGAGAAGAAAUUGUAGAAAGAAUCAAGAACAAUAUCAAGGAGGUAUGAAGAAAAACUGUUAUAGCUAUUCAUCCAGACAUUGUGCAUAAUCUUGAAGUGGAGUUUAAAUCAGUUGAAAAUAUAAAAUCAGCACUUUUCCAAGUUAUCGGAGUUGAUAUUAUGAUAGAUAGCAAAUACAAUGCCUGGCUUUUGGAGAUAAAUAAUAGCCCAAGUCUCAACGUUAUGUACGAGCCAGAUUUUAUGAACCCUGAAGAAAAGCAAAUCAGCCAGAUUGAUAUGGAUAUUAAGAAACCAAUGAUUUCUGAUGCUUUUCAGUUAGCCCAGAUGUUUGCAAAGAACAGGAAUGCUCUUAAUGAUAUUGAAGAACAUAAUAGUUUGUUUAAAAUAUAUUCUGACUCAGUGUUCUUCCCUAAAACUGAUUACCAUGUGCAGCAUAACUGAAAGAUUAUCUUUAAUGCCUUAACAGGUCUGAAGGGAAGAUCCUCCUUAACAUCAGGGCAGUUUGGAAAGUUAUAUCUCCUUUCUGAGUAUAUUAAAGAAAGUGAUAUACAAAAGACAGACUUCACUCUAGUAUUCUCAUCUCUCGUUGGAAGGUUCAAGAGCGUAAUGACCCUUACUGAUUUCAAAAAUGGUAUGUUUAAACUCUUCUCAAAGUAUAAGAGAGCACCGAGAGGAAGGGGCUCUGAAGAAAGCCUUGAAAGCCUGUUUCCAGAAUUCCUGCAGAAAAUCGUUGAAGACCUUGACCUUGAUUAA